GAAUCGAAUCUGCGCAGGUGGAGUCUCUGGGAAAUCGCGCUUUACCCCUAGAUUGCUCAGAUGUCAGAUUAUUCUGUGGUCACGCACUGAAGAAUUAAGCCGCUUGGAGAGAGAAGAGUGAGUUUAUAUAUAUAUAAAAGUGAGUUUAUAUAUAUUUAUAUAUAUUCCCCAUUACCCAUUGUGCAUGCAUUAUCAAACGCAAACUUCUUUUUCCAGGGACAUUCACAACUGCGUAGCUAAGGAAAUCUAGCCCUCGUUUAACGACCUUUUAGGUUUUUCCCAGUAGAAAAAAAAAGAAAGUCUAGCAGCAAUAAAAGGGACUGGUUCUCCAAGCAGACAACCUUUGCAUUAUAUCGUGUGUAUUUUGCGGUGUGUGCUGUAGAAUCCACAGGAAGGAGAGUCUGCUCCUUCCCCCGCGCGCUGCUUGUGCGCAGUUCCAUCUCAUAGCUGGAACGGAAGGCGAUGGUUCUGCCAUUGGGCUGUUAAAUCCACUGGGGCGCACUGGGGAGCUACUUUCAGAGAAUAAAAACAAGAGAGGAGUAGGUGACAACAUUUUGGAUUAGGCCAACUUCUUCCUGUGAAAUGACGUGCUAGCUAGCUAGCUGCACAGCACUACGGAUCUGGCCAAGUGGAAGGUGGUCUAAUAAAAAGCUGGCGCCGCUAUUUUGCACUUACUCCUGUCCUUCGCGGCAACAGGUGGUGGUGAACUCUGGUUUUCUUCCUAGCCAGUUCCUGCAGGCAUUUUAUUAUUUCCAGCUGCAAAUCACGGCUUUAUUUGCCCAGGAUUAUUGCUUCGGGUAUAUCCAGAAUCCAGUCCCAAAACGUCUUGACCUCCCCAAUCUUAAAAACGCCCCCCCCCGGUACUCCACCGGGAUACAUAUUUUUAAGGACAGUACGUGGAACGGGGGUUCUGGUUGCCAGGCGCACAUGCAUUCUACCGUAUCUUUUAUUCCGGGCGGGGAAUAAUGUCUGGGCCGGGGUGUCCCUCGCCACUUUCCAGCUUUCUUUAAACGCCGCCUGGGAAUCUGUAUCCCACUUUGUCCCGUGCUCUUUACAAAGAGCUUCAAAAACCAGAAGGCAUCGCUGCUUCACUAGCUUGGUGCAGCUGGAUCUUUCUCAGGUCCCCCGGGCGCUGUAAAAUACUGAGUACGCCGUGUUCAGAUGCUUGUGAUCCCCCCCCCCUUUGGCAGUUUCUUUUGUUCCAUGAACAUCCACGGGAAUCUUGCCGCUUAAGGUGCACCGCGCAGCCAUGCAGUAGUGUCGCCGCCUCCUACUUCUCUCUGGACUGCUCUCCUGACAAUUCAGUAGAGAGAAAAAGCGGCGGCGGCGGCGGCGGGGCGGCUCUGUAGAGUAAGUGCUUUGACAACUGAAUGCAGUUAAAACAAAGCCAGAUCCCAGGAUCUCCAGAAAUCCACAGAGCUGUUUUCAAAAUGGUUUUUUGAAAAAGGAACCACCCUUUCUCAGAGACCCCAGGCUGGCUAUUUAUUAGUGCGAAACGUCCCCGGCUCGGCAAUUGAUUCCAUCCCUGGGUGAAAAUGUAACCUACCCCUCCCUCUCUCGGCCUCCCUCCCGUUUCAGCUCGACACAAUCGCAAAGCACAGACUCAGCAGGGAGAGCCAGAGAAUGUUCCACAUGCAGGCUGACAUAACUCCCACCCCCUGUUCCUGAUCUAACGCCCGCGGGUCCCUAGUUGACUUGAUUUUUUUUAAAAAAAAAUAAAUAAAUAAAAAUUGCAGCCCUCUCGCCUACAGAGCCGCCCCCGCCAAACCCUCAGUGUGUCACUUUUUUUUUUUUGCCAGCUCCCUCCAGGAUGUUCCAGCAGGAUCCAGAUCCUUCCAACUUUCACCUUUCUUCCUCUUCCAGAAAGGAGAGGAUUUGCUUGGCGCGGGGGAGGAGGAAGCGGCUCUAGAAAAGCGGCUGUGGAAAGCAGCUGUUUAUGCAAAUAUGAAGGGGCGUGUCUGGAAAGGCCUGGGCGAGGGGGGUAGGGAGGGAAGGAGAAGAAGCGUCCCUAUGCAGAUGAGAGGGGCGUGGGCAAGCGGAGGGUGGCUCGCAUCCCCGGAAGAGCGAGAAAGCCCAUAUAAAAAACUACAGAGGACAUUCCCAAGCAGAACCAGCAAAAGCUGUAGAGGCGACCUAAGGCUGCGCAGGGCGAGAGGGAGCAGCUCCGGGGAAAGCGCGACCCCUGCUAGCUGGGCGGAAGAACCGGGGAGGAUUCCGGAGUAAAGCUUUGCGCCAGGCGGCUCCUCCAGCUCCAGUGGCGCAAGGGGUGCAGGCUGCCUGCUCUCGCUAUCCUUCGCUGCUAUCCGUCAGAAGGGCAGCUCAAUCACACACGCGCGGGUCACACGGCAGGUGAUCAGGAGCAAGCCCCCAGACAAAAAACCCCCUCGCCCCGUCCCGCUAGGAGUGGAAGAAGAAGAAGCUACAGCAAAGGAGGCCGUCUCCACCCCCACCCACCCCCAACCUAUUUGAUCCGCUCCAACUUGCGAACGGCGCUGGACCAUGGCAGAUGAGGAAAAUAUUCUCAGUAGCAGCGCUAGCAACGGCGCCGACAGCGACUGCCCUCGGCUGGCCAUUGCCGAGCCGUGCCUGGGUUGUAGCGAGAGCAGCCGCUGCAACGUGCUCAGCUGGGAGCAAGUGCAGCGCCUGGACCGCAUCCUGAGCGAGACCAUCCCGAUCCACGGCCGGGGCAACUUCCCCACGUUGGAGAUGCAGCCUCGCCAGAUCGUGAAGGUGGUGCGCAGCCGCCUGGAGGAGCAGCGCAUCGGCGUGCGCGAUGUGCGCCUCAACGGCUCGGCGGCCAGCCAUGUCCUGCACCAGGACAGCGGCCUGGGCUACAAGGACUUGGACCUCAUCUUCUGCGCCGACCUGAAGGGCGAAGCCGAGUUCCAGACGGUGAAAGACGUCGUCUUGGACUGCCUGUUGGAUUUCUUGCCGGAAGGAGUUAACAAGGAGAAGAUCACCCCGCUCACCCUCAAGGAAGCCUAUGUGCAGAAAAUGGUGAAAGUGUGCAAUGAUUCAGAUCGGUGGAGUCUCAUCUCCUUGUCCAACAACAGUGGGAAAAAUGUGGAGCUGAAAUUUGUGGACUCCUUGAGAAGGCAGUUUGAGUUCAGCGUAGAUUCCUUUCAGAUCAAGCUAGACUCUCUCCUCCUUUUUUACGAAUGCUCAGAGAACCCGAUGACUGAAACUUUUCACCCAACUAUAAUCGGGGAGAGUGUCUAUGGGGAUUUCCAAGAAGCUUUUGAUCACCUUUGCAACAAGGUCAUUGCUACCAGAAACCCAGAAGAGAUCAGGGGAGGUGGUCUCCUGAAGUACUGCAACCUCCUCGUAAGGGGCUUCAGGGCGGCCUCGGAAUCCGAGAUCAAGUCUCUCCAGAGAUACAUGUGCUCCAGGUUUUUCAUUGACUUCUCGGACAUUGGGGAGCAGCAGCGGAAGUUGGAGUCGUACUUGCAGAACCACUUUGUGGGCUUGGAGGACCGCAAGUAUGACUAUCUCAUGACCCUUCACAGUGUGGUUAAUGAGAGCACCGUGUGUCUGAUGGGACAUGAGAGGAGACAGACUCUCAACCUGAUCACCAUGCUGGCCAUCCGUGUGCUAGCUGACCAGAAUAUCAUCCCCAAUGUGGCCAACGUCACGUGCUAUUACCAGCCAGCCCCAUAUGUAGCAGAUGCUAACUUUAGCAAUUAUUAUAUUGCCCAGGUUCAGCCAAUGUUCCCGUGUCAGCAGCACACGUACUCAACUUGGUUGCCCUGUAAUUAGCAGAUUUAAUAGGCUUGGUUGCGAUUGUGUUUUCUGUCAAGCAAAUAAAGGGGGGAAGGCAGCACUCCCCCCUCUUCUCCUUUUUUUUAGAAACAAACAAUGGGGUGUUUUUUUGUGCGAUGGUGGUCUGCUCUGGCUCUUCAGCUUGAGAGAGGCUGUCGGUUCUUCAGUCUAAUGUAACAGAGAGUGAUUUAGAAAAAGAACCGAAAAACAAAAAGCCUCAUUCGAUUCUCUACCCCAAAGCACAGAGGCCUGUCAUGAAAAGCAAAUAGGUCCCCUUGAGGUAAACCGGGGAGGAGGAAAUGCUUGCUGACAAUAUGGGCUGGCGACGCCUGCUCCCAUAGCUAUGGCAGAGUGAAAGUUGGGAAGCCUUUAUUUUUUAAACGAAUCUGCAAAAAACAAAAUAAAAGACAGGGGAGGAAAUACGAGUGGGGAAGGGAAGGGAAAUAUGCGUUCAGGAAUUUAAAGUUAGAUUCAUAACACAGAGAUAUGUUGGAAUAGGAGAUAUUUUAGAAUUACUGCCUUUGGGGCAUGUAUUAAGUGCUGUCGGUGGAAUGAACCCAUAGAAUGUAUAGCUUGCUUGAAUAGAAAGCUUUAAGAGAACCAGCUUGCUCCAAAAUGGAAAAAGAAAGAAAAAAAAGGAGUCGUAGGCGGGUACAGUUAUUAUUUUUUUAAAGAGAGAAACUGGGGGGGGGAUUAUGACAAAUUUCAUUAUUUACAGCUGUGUGCGUGCUUCACAUUUUGUAAAAAUAAAUAAAUGUGGAAUAGCCAGAAAACCAGCUGUAGCAAGCAUCAUAUGCUUCAGGACCAAAGAUUUCUCAGAUAAGUUAUCCAAGCAAGUAGAAAGCAGAGUAGACUAUUAAAAAAAAGAGAGGAAAGAUAAGAUAUUACUAUAUUUGUACAUGCUAAUGUUAAACAAAAGUGCCUGAUACCUUUAGAAAAUUUGAAGUGAAAAAAAUAUAGUUUUGUGGUUUAAACUUGCAUUUUGUUUUUAUCAGGGACACAAGAAACAAACAAACAAACAAAAAAAGCUUGUGAAUAAAUGGUGGAGGAAAUGCCUAUUUCCCCCCCAGGCAAAUACCUAUAUAAAGUUUCUAUUGUUGGCAUGGAUGUUAUCAUAGGUACAUGUGUGUAUGUGUGUAUAUUGGUGUGUGUGUGUGUGUGUGUGUGUGUGUGUGUGUGUGUGUGUGUACAUGCAUACACACCUAUUUUCAAUAUGGUCUGGGAAAAUGUAGCAAUUUUAAGGAAUGUUUUAAAUGAAAUACGGUGUGUUUUCCAGUCUGCAACAGGAUAUCAUAAUGCUGUGGGCACUUUGCAGAGUUAUCCUGCGCUAGAAAAUCUGAAUAAACAAACUGUUCAUAAGCAAGAUGGGAUUCAAAGGAUGCAUUUGGUUGCAAGAACAUAAACAAAUCCAUUGGGCUACUUGUGAGCCAUGCUAGUUUCAAACAUUUCACCCACUGAUCCUUUUGUCCCCUGUUUUGUACUGUAAUAUGGUUUUGACCGUUAAUUCACCAGUACGACGAUUGCAUGCCUCUCUGGUGUACAGACAACCAUUGGAAUGUGGCUCAAAUGGAUAGCUCCCUUGACAGCUAAAGAAUAUUGCAUUUGAAUAUUAAUUAUUGACAUUUAAAAAGAGCGAGCAGAAUGCACUGUGCAUUCCAGGACCACUAAAAGUUAGUAAAUGUGAAACUGAACCAUUAUGAAGACUGUUGCAUGGAUUUUGGAAAUCUAUAUUUUAUAUUACACAUACACAUAUUUUUAUGCAAGUAUUAAACAACUUUGAUCUGGUUGUCACACUGCAUUUUCCAGUUUAGUACUGUACCUUAUUUAAAAUGAUUAAUCUUUUGCAUUGGGACAAAUAAUUUAAUUUCCUUUCUCUCAAGAGGCUUAGGGGAAUGCUGGGAAAUCAUUUUACUGGGAGGGUUUUUAUACCCUCACCACUGUAGUGAUGAUUAUACAAAAGAAUUUAACCAUUUCAUCUUUUUUCAUCCAGCCACUAUAUAUGUAAAACAAAAUCUAACUUAACACCUCAGUCACAAUCAAACACAGCGUUAAGUGCUCUUAGGUUUGGAAACGUGAAAAUCUUUGGGUUCCAGUGCUCCAAAUCUGUGUUGGAUUGCGGCCUACACAUUGUUUUAUUAAUGCUAAGAAAGGAAGCCAAAGUUACAGUUUGGGAGAGGAAACUGAACUUAGCCACCCACCGCUGCCGAAUCAAAGGGAGAGAAAUACAUGCUGCACAGGGAAAUGUUCAAGCAACACAAAAUAUUUAAAGGGGAGGGAUUAGUAAACAGCUAACCAGGCAAUUUAGCACCCCAUUGUCCAAACAAAGCUACUGGCAAUGCAUUUGUCCCUUCCCCCAUUAUCCAUUGCUGAAGCUUUUCUAUUCUUAACCAUCCCUUUGUGUCUGAAGGUCAGUUUAACAGGACCCCGGCUUGUUUACUCAAGUCGCUGAAUUCUGCAGGAAAUGUAAAAUUAAUUUCCAUCUUGGCAGUCGGUCCCCAGUCGUUACUUUUUGCUUGUCUGUUCACUACCCUCAGCCUGCUUAGGAAAUCAUAAAACCCUCACCCUCAUACCAAAUGCACAUCUAGUCAGUGCGCAGUUACGAAAAUGAAACGUCCCCUUUCCAUUGGCCCAGCAAAUCAGCAGGGAGAUGUGCUUUGUCAAAAUCAGAGACUAGCCUGUGUUGCUCAGAGAGGGGAUUUCUGAGGGAAGCUGAGCAGAAGGCUGGAGCAAGAGGAUCAGCUGGUAAUGUGGUAUGUCCUUUCCUACCACAGCUAUUUUGCUGCAAAUAAAUGAGUCAUCCACUAUUGAAAAGGGUUUGGGGGUAUCUGGCAGGGCUUCAGCCACAAAAUGCUGAUAAUACAGUACAGACAUUUCCCCCCCUUUGGAGCAGCCUUCCCCCUCUUUUAAGAAAACCAAACACUGCUAUUGUUAGUCUGAGGAUUACAGGGUCACUGUCUCUCUCUUCCUCCCCCUUCCCUCUCGUAGUUCAGGUAGCUGCAUCUCCUGGCAAGCAGCAAAUGGUUGCCUUGCAUCACAUGUCCAAGGAGCUCUGUUCACUUGAUGAAAUAGUGCUCUCUCUCUCUCUCUCUCUCUCUCUCUCUUUCUCUUUGCUUUAAGGGGCCAGCAGUCUCAAGCCACUAACAGGGCUUUGUUGCAACUGGCUGGCAGUGGAGGUUGUUUUUAAACCGUCUGGUGAUAGUAAUGAGAAGAUGCUUUGACUCUAUGUCAAAACUAAAAUAACAGCAUAUUUUCAGAACGUGUUGGCUUCUGUGAUUUGCAGACCUAGCCCUUCAUACAGCCAAACAGUAUCGCCCCCCCCAUCCUUCUCCAAUUUUAUUAAACUAGUACAUUCAUAAGAAGAAAAUGUUUGUUACUCUUAGGAUCUGGUCAUUCUAUUCAUUCAGCAAAAGCUUCAAAUGCAUUUUUAAGAAACUAGGUUUUAAGCAACUAGCUUAAGAUGUUGUCUUAAUUACAGUCCUAUGGUUUGUGUUACUGUUGGGUUAAAUGUGAAUCAAGAGAGGUGAGGAAGGCAAAGACCUCAGAUUCUUUUUGAAGAACUAGUAGAAUCCGCAGUUUGUUAAUGUUCGUUAUUGUGAAACUUCAGUUGUCCGUGUCUGCUAUGUGGACCUCAGGUGAUUGCACAUCACUUUUAUACUUAUGUAAAUAUCACUCUCAUUUAUCCAAACAUUUCAAAUCUCAGCCCUGGGUCAUUCAAUUCAGAUAGAUGGAAUCAUACUGUGUAUAUAUAAUCCACAAUAUGCAAAAACAAAACAAGAAAAAAAUGGGGAGGGGGAAUAAAAUGGAAGCAGGAUCCAUAUUUUCAUAACUCUUUUUAUUUAAAUGCUUUAAGACUUGUUUGCUGCUAUGUAUUGCACAAAGUUUAAUGCACAGCUUAUAAAUGCCUGUUGUAAGUGCUUUAUAUGUGAGUUGUAUUAUAUUGAAGACUCAUCCAUUCUGAGAAAGCUUUAAAUUGUGGAAAGAAAAACGUGUAAAGGAAAAUGAGAUGGAGAGAAAUAUAUCUAUCGAAUGACAUAUUAAGCACUUUUUAUUUUUUCUUGGGUUUUUUUGUGUGUAUUGCUUUCUGAUUUCCAGUGCAACAACAAAAAUCCAAAAUCCAUGUACAGGUGGGGUUUUUGUUUUUGUUUUGGUUUGCUUUCUUAGCAAGCCGUGAUUAUACCUAGUUAAACAUCAGAAAGGUCUGCAGACUUCAGGACUGGUUGGACGUGGCACCACAAACUCUUGCAGUCUGUGGGAAGUCAAGCGAUGCUGAAUUUGUUCUCCUGUGAUAUAUUCCGCACAACUUUAGUCUUCAGCGAGACAUCCUGCUGCAUCAAACCGCUCCCCUUGGACUGUUCCUUUGGGAACUUUUUGACUCUGGGUUCUGUUGGAGGCUGAAACAAAAAGUGGAUGGGAAGCAGACACUUCUAACCAAGUAAAGCAUUUGCUCCAGUGCUAGCGGGAACAGAUUGUGAAUUUUGUUUACAGCAUCCAAUAUUUGGAUUUUUUUGUAAAUAAAAAUGAUGUUAUUUUUUCUA